UUACCUUUGUCUUUUGCAUCCAUUCCUUCUCCAUCCACUCAAUGCUGUUUGCCUUCUCUCCCUCAAACUUUUUCCCACUUAAUUAUCAGUUUCCACACACCCCUAUCUCUCUGUCUCUCUCACUUUGCGUCUCUCUUGCAGUUAGGGUUUCCUCUUUAAGGGUGCUCUUUCUGUGACAAAUCUGCGCCUUAUAUCUCUCAUUGGCUAAGGCUCUUUUGUCUUGUGAGGGUAAAAGAGCAGCUUCCUAAAGGGCCUCCCAACAAGGGGAAAAAAAAAGGUACUUCCCUUUUAGUUCAUCUGAUCAAAGAAACCUAUACAUCACAAACAGGCAAAUCAGAAAAAAAAAUGGCAUCAUCAAGCUCCUACAAUUCUCCAUGUGCUGCCUGCAAAUUCUUGAGGAGGAAGUGCCUUCCGGGGUGCAUCUUUGCACCUUACUUCCCACCAGAGGAGCCUCAAAAAUUCGCAAACGUGCACAAGAUCUUCGGUGCUAGCAACGUGACAAAGCUUCUCAAUGAACUCCUCCCUCACCAGAGAGAAGAUGCAGUGAACUCUCUUGCCUAUGAAGCCGAGGCACGUGUUAGAGACCCCGUUUAUGGCUGCGUAGGUGCCAUCUCAUUCCUCCAGAGACAAGUCCAAAGGCUCCAGAAGGAGCUUGAUUCCGCCAAUGCUGAUCUCCUACGCUAUGCCUGCAAUGACAUGCCUCCACCCUCUCUUUCUGUGCCACCACAAAUGCCCCAAAGGUCUUUUAUUGCAAGGUUUGGUAAUGAAUCAGCAAGUGGAGGAGGGUUCUAUAGGCCUUCUCCUACAACCACCACCACCACUUACUCUUUCCCUUAUUCUCUUCCUUGGACUGAUUCUGAGGAUAUCAAUGAUAGAGGAGGAGAAGGAGGAGGUAACUUGUGAAUUAUGUUUUCAAGAAUAUUGCACAUCUAGGGUUUGUGCCUCUUUGAGGGCAUGGCCCUGCAAUAUUUAUAAUUUCUAGUUAUGGUCUCUAUCUGGCUAUUGUAGCCUCACUUGGACUCUGGCUAGGUGUGACUCAAGGUCUACUCUUAAAUUUUAAUUUGAAGGGGUUUUGUUUAAUUUAAUUUCUAGGGUGGUGAUUAUGAACAUGAGGUGUUUAUUUAAGACCUAAGGUUGCCAAAAACUUAGGUGUAGUCUUUCCCAAAAAUCUUUAGUUCUAAAUAAGUCGGUGGAAGAGGAGCAUGCAUAGUAAUGUAUGACUACUACUACUACUAGACCUACUCUUUGUUGUUGUAUCAAUUCAGUGCAACUCUCUAUAGGCAUGUGCAGUGAGCAUGCGGAGUUGACAUUCUCUGUCAUUGUUUAUGAUUAAGAAUAAAUUGAGCGAUAACGUUACUUGAUUCUAAA